CCCAAGUGGCAACGUAGCAGUCCAUAGGUAUAUAGUCAAAGAUCCGGACUAGGUGCCACUAGAGAGGUGAUUAUCUGAGAUUAUUCUCCGACGCUGUAAAGCAACUAUCUUCUUGCGGAUGGUUUUCAUAUCGGAGCACCUACUUCUAUGACAGAUUUACCGGCUUGACUUUUGGUAAACGCUAUGGCCACUGGAACUGGGUUUGGACUUGUCAAUACAGUUGCAACGACCACGGCCACGGCAGCUCCCUCAACUUUUAAUCUUGUUAGUAGCACUGCUCCAGCAGUUGCGACACCAGGGCUCUCGUUCGAUGCCUCCAAAGUAGGUUCUACUACAGCUGCGACUGCAGGAUUCGCUCUUGCGACCACUACAACAGGUGGUUUUAGUUUUGGAGCACCCAAAUCUAUGGCAGGACCUACUGGCCUGACUUUCGGUACUCCAAAUGCCAUGGUCACUGGAACUGGGUUUGGUCUUGGCAGCACAGUUGCAACGACAACGUCUGCGCCAGUUGCUUCAAGCUUCAAUCUCACCAGCAGUACAGCUCCGACAGCCGCAACGGCGGGACUCUCGUUCGAUGCUUCGAAAGCAGGUGCUACCACGACCGCAACCACAGGGUUCGCCCUGGCACCAACUACGACGGGAGGAUUUAGUUUUGGGGUUGGAACGCCGACAACUACUUCGGCAGGGUUUCCCUUGAGCAAAACAACUUCGGCCGCUAUCUCAACGAGUUUAACACACAACACACCCUCUACUCAUACUGCUUUAGGAACCACCACUACUGUCAGUUCUGCGACUGGUGUUCAACCAGGAGCGAUCAAUUUCUGUCAGCUCGAGGAAUCGAUUAACAAGUGGACCUUGGAAUUGGAGGAGCAAGAGAAAGUAUUUGUGAAUCAAGCAACACAAGUUAACGCAUGGGAUAAAUUGUUGAUCACAAACGGCGAGAAGAUAGUGACGCUGAAUCAAGAAGUCGAAAGAGUGAAAAUUGAACAGCAACAAUUAGAACAUGAGCUGGAUUAUGUUGUUGGCCAACAGAAGGAGUUACAAGAGUGCUUGGUGCCGUUAGAGAAGGAGCUGGCGUCUCUUUCCGUCUCGGACUCCGAUCGGGAGUACACUUAUCGCUUGUCGGAGAAUCUUGAUACUCAAUUGAAACGUAUGUCCGAAGAUUUGAAGGAGAUAAUAGAACACUUGAACGAGGCGAAUCGCGCCCAAGACUCUAGCGAUCCCAUCGUCCAAAUCGGGAAGAUCUUGAACGCGCACAUGAACAGUUUACAAUGGUUGGAUCAACAGACAGCCCUGCUGAGCCAGAAGAUACAGCAGAUCGAUCAGAUGCAUCAAAGUUUUAGACAAGAAAGCGAACAAAACUUGCACCUAGCGUAUAAUUAAUCCCCGUCGUCCGUCGCGCAUCAUCACACGUUGCGUAAUACAAAUUUCCUUAUGUAAACUUGAAUUGUUCUUCGAAUUGUGAUUCGUAUGCUGCGAUUACCUUUGUCGGAGAGUGAAAAGGGUGAGUGAAUGAAAAUGAAAACGUAAAAAAAUA